CAGGCCCUUGAUUGAACACAGGACGUCACUAUACAACUCCCUCAUCCGUACACUGGGAAUGAGUUAUCUUAAGUUCAGCCUGGAACUAAAGUUAUUUCAAAGAACUUUGAGCUGCUGAAACAAAGAAACAGUUGCAUUCAUGUUCGAGGGUGCGUUCGUUUAUCCAAUCCGACGCUCUACACCAGGGGUGGGGAACCUCCGGCCUCACGGCCCUCGAGGUGAGGCUCUGAUCUUCCCAGAAGAGCGCCACACUGUCAAGAUGCUUUGCAGAUUGAGUAACAAUGGAGCUCUCAUUUCCCUGCUGUGCAUCGCUGCCUUUGCCCUGAUGUAUAUAUCUUCUUCUUCAUGGAGUUCAUCUGUGUAUUUCCUCGGACGUCAGAGCUCAAGUCUUUGUGCCUGUGACAAGUGUUUAAGAGAGGCUGAUCUAUGCAUUGGGGAGCGUAUCAAUGAAUCUCCGAAGCCUUUUUUGUCAAGAAAAUAUGGAAUUUCAGAGGAAGAUUACGAUUGGUGGAAGAACAUAUAUCGGGAAGGUCAUGACUUCAGUGUCUACAAUACAACAGUGGACAAACUGUUCCAGAUGUUCCCACACAUUGCAGAUGUUGCAGAAUCCAACAAUAAACGCUGCACGACUUGUGCUGUGGUGGGGAAUUCUGGUAAUUUGAAGCGAUCACACUAUGGACCUCUCAUAGACUUUCAUGAUAUCGUAAUAAGAAUAAACCGUGGCCCUACCAAAGGCUAUGAAGCAGAUGUUGGGACUAAAACGACUCAUCGAGUAAUGUAUCCGGAGAGUGCAUCUCAUUUGGACAACGCCACUAGUCUUGUGCUGUUUCCAUUCAAAAUGAAGGAUUUUCCUUGGCUCAUUGACGCCUUCAAACAAGGGAAAAACAGUGCCGUGAACUCAAAGAGGAGAGCAAACAAGGAUUUGGUGAUGAUCCUCAAUCCAGCUCUCAUGAAAUAUGUUCAUGACAUUUGGUUAGAAGAAAAGGGCCAUCAUCCAUCCUCUGGCUUUUUGACUUUGGCUCUCAGCAUGCAAAUAUGUGAUGAGGUCAGUGUUUUUGGGUUCGGAGCAGACAGAGAUGGAAACUGGAACCAUUACUUUGAAGUUCUCAGAAACAAAAAGCUGAAAACUGGAAAUCAUGCUGGAACGCAUGAAUAUGAAGUUAUUCAGCAACUACACAAGAAGAAGACAAUCACUUUUUAUAAAGGCUUUUAAAGGUGUUUUUGUUUCUCUUUUUCUGUUUCUUGUAAUUAUAUAAUCGGUGUAAAGUUAUAGUGGUCUUAAAGUAUCAUUAGGAAGCUAAAUAUAGAUACUUGUAUCUACAGAAGUGUUGAUUUUUAAUAUUUGUAAUAAUAAAAUUAUAGUUGAGAUUCUACUUGUUAAG